GGAACCUACAGAGAUAAGAGCCUUAUGAGGAGAACAGCAUGUAGUCCUGUUGUCUGUAGCAACAAGGUACACAGUACACUACUGUGGUCCCUCAGAACUCAGAGGUUUCCCCCCUCUGAGCUUCAAAGUCAGCGCUGUAUACACACAACCACAUGUUGAUGCACCCUGUCCUCCUUUUAAUGAACUAUUCUCAGCUUUUCUCAUUUCAUGUUAGCAAUGCUGAUUCAACACAGCUGCCUGUUUUUGUGUUCACCAUAUCCCAUUAUGGAGCCUUAAGCCGUUUUUCCCUUGACCGUGUGGAAGUGCUGGUUCUGACUGAGAAACAAAGGACACUGCGCACUGAUUGGCUGCAAGUCAUUACCCAGUGGGCAUACCCAGGAGAAUUCUCUUUUCUGGCUCCUAGAAUGAGCUUCAUGUUCACUUUGAUAUCUGAAAGAUAAGAUCUGAAAUUCAGCACAUUCUCGUGAUGAACUGUCUCUUGUUUUCCCCCAUCGAAUCUGAACCUGUGGCUGUGAGUCACAUCAACAUCCAAGAGGCUACAAACCCCUGCAAGGACAGGCGUGCUCUACUGAACCAUGACUCAUAAACCCCCAGCCUCUUUCAUGCUUCAGCAGGGGAACACAAAGCAUGGCAGGGGCAGUCACAGGCCCCCCCGUCUGCACCACGUAACUAGCCCCCGGCCCAAGCUUGCUUGUGCUGUUGUUGGUGCUUCAGUCAAUGAGAAGAGUAAAGUUCUAACAUACAAAGCACUAAAGUUAGAUUUUUUUAUCUCAAGUAUUCAAGGAAGAGUGUGACAAAAAUAUAAUAAUCUCUCUAAUAAUUACAGUUAACAUCUGAAGAAACAAAUGAUCAAAAACUAUUCCAGCAGCUGAGACUCUCCAAAGAUCUGGGUGUGCUGGAUUGCCUGAAACAAACGAGCAGCAUUUUCCUCUUGUUUAGGCGCAUUGGGACAAAGUGGGCACUGCUGUUUGAAUGGGGAAAUAUCUCCAUACAGGUACAUGAAGACAUCUGUUACCUGAACUUACUGGAUUCAAAAAUCAGCUAUUAUUUUUUUCCAAUAUCACUUUUAGAAGGCCAUGCAAUUCAUUGUUCUUGUUGUCUGAACAAUAACUGGAGUCCCACUUUACAACGUAAACGUUAGAGGCGGGUGGAUCGGUCCAACUUCGCUUUCAUCCUUCAAAUUCAGUAUGUAGCCCGCUGAACUGUGUUAAUUAUUUCUUUGAAAAAAUAAACCUCAAACAUGCACUACAAAAAAUUUCCAAACCCUUUUGUGGGCUUUAGAGACAGAAACAUUUACAUUCCAGGUCACCAAAAACCCAGUUUCAAAACACAUGACAAGCUGAAAGGUGCGUUUUGUUGUGUUAACUAAUUAUUCUGCAAAGUAACAAUGACAGUGAUAUAGUGGUGAACAAAAUGUGCUCAGAAUUUGCAAAUUGAGACUUAAUCUGGUAAGUGAUGGCACACCACUCUCCCCCAAUCAGCUGCCUGAAUAACUUACAAUUAUUGGUACGGAUAUCGGCAAUAGUGGCCCUGUGUUUACUUGGUAUUGGAUCGAUACCAAAAUGUGUAGUGUGGCGCUGCACUACCGUGGAUGAGGGAAAGUGUGAAUGUAGAGUGUUUUUGUUGAAAUGUCCAGGCAAGUACAUACAUGUUAAAUGACACGAUAUACGUGUUCACAUAACGUCAGUUAACGCACAACUUCAGGCUUUCAUUUCUACAUGAUAAUCCUUCAUAAUUAAACAAUAAGGACAAGUUGUCUGAUGUCCUGUGAUCGUUAUGAAGCUACAAAUUUAAAUCACACAUUAAGUUUCUGUACAAAGUAUCGGAUCGGAAAGGAAAUCAGUGGUGUCGCACAUCACUGUGGCAUAAAUAAUAAAUACGUUUGCAGCAACGUCACUCGGUGCCAUGACAGAAAGCGGUAGGAACUGUCGUAAAACGGAUGUGGCAGUUUCGUACGGGACCCGUCGCGCAGUGCUGUGCUUGAUGAGCGGGUGUGCGCUGAAUGAAAAGGAGUUCUUUUCCUGCUGUCAGCUCCUCCUGCAGCAGUCUGAGCAUCUGAGAGAUGGCUGGAGCUGGGAGGCAGUCCAGGGUUCAGAAGAGGGCUACCUCAGGAAGACUGUUCUCAGGUCAGUCGUAGCUGACUGCUGUGAUGCACAGAAACAGAAGGAAGCUGCUUCAGUUUCCCCUAUUUUCGCUCACCCCAUCCAAGAACUGCAGCAACAGGAAAGGACGCAGCCUGUUGUUGCUACCCGUUUUCAUUCUGAUGGCAUCACAGGCGACGGCGGUGAUGAGGACGAUGCGGUCUGCAUGCUGUCUGAAGGCAGCAGCCACGUGCUUCAGUACGAGUAUCACAUCCUGUACUCUUGCAGCUACAGUGCUCCUGUGCUGUAUUUCAGAGCUUUCACCCUGGAGGGUCGGAGUCUGAUGUUAGAGGACGUGUGGAGCUCUGUUCAUCCAAACUUCAGACACUGCCUUCAGAACAGUCCUUUGACUGCAAUCACUCAACAGGAGCAUCCUCUGCUGGGUCAGCCUUUCUUUAUGCUCCACCCCUGUAGAACGGAGGAGUUCAUGAGGCCUGUGCUGCAGGAGGCUCAGGAACAGCCCAGGCCAGUGAACUAUGUGUUGUUGUGGCUCAGUGUGGUGGGUCCUGUGGUGGGUCUGGACGUCCCUCUGAAGUACUGCACCCAGCUCCAUCCGUCCUCUCCCAGCAGCAGUGAGCCUGACUAGAGCUACAGCGCUCUGCUUCAGAUCUGAUGACCAGCACCGUGGAGACGGGAGGCGGCUCUGUGUGCGACAUUUUGCAAGGAAGACUUGCAAAUGAGUGACAUCUCCCCCGUCUGGGGAGAGUUUGGACCAGUGUUAGAUAACGCUCUCCACUUCCAUCAUCAAAACAUGGAAUAUCUUACAGAAGAAUCGCGGCCCAUCUCUCCACUACAGAUCCAUAGACAUGGAGAAUCAGUGGCACAUGGCGGCUUGAACUCGUAGUGAAAUGCUCUUUUUCCUUUAAUUUGACCACUGUCAAAAUCAGCGUUUUGAUUAGAUACCAACUCCGUGCUUUGGAGAGAUGCCCUGUGCUAUUAAUACAUUUAAUAUUUGUGUUGAUGUAAUGUAUACAAUACAUAUUGUGCUAGAAUUUAGACUCAACUGUGCAAAAUGUAAUAAAAACAUAAUCCUGGGAUUUGCAGACCUCAUUGAAAUAAUACAAAAACAAAACGAAACCAAUCAAGACCAUUUUGAAAUGCAUUUUGUACAUUUUAUACCAGCAAACAUUUCAAAAGAAGUUGGAGGAGAGUUAAGAGAAGUUGUAUAAUGCUGAAAGAAACACCUGGUGGGAAAUCUCCAAUUGGUGGGCGUGGCCGAGUAUUCCACAGAAUCUUUCUGAGUGGGAAAACAGUUCAACAUUUGAUUCUUUUAAAUAUAGUCAGUACAGUAAUAUGGUCAGCUGAUGGUGGUGAGUUUUCAACAGAGCCACAUCAGUGUAGCCUGUGAGAUAUUUUUAUUAUAGAUGUACAUUAGCGUGACACGGGAAAUGUUUAAUCCAUCGGUGCAAGUGCAGAACACCUUUCUGAAUAAAUAGUUUGUAUUUUAAUGAUAAUUAUGUAACUAUUCAAGUUCUAUUUAAGGUUUUUUGUUUGCUGCUUAGUGUUCUGGAAAGUAAGAA